AUGCCUUCAAGGAAAGAAUACGCUUACCCAGGCUUUGGAGAAGCUGCCCGCAAAUCCCACUGGUAUUCCUCCGCUGUGCGAACGGGAGACCAAAUUCACUGUGCUGGCCAAGGUGGAUAUCUCGAGUCUACUGGCAAAUGCGCUACAGAUCUCGUUGAGCAGAUUGACCUCGCCUUCGCGAAUGUCGACAAAUGUCUCAAGGACGCUGGUGGUCAAGGAUGGUCACAGGUCUAUCGGAUCAACUCAUACCACAUCCAAUUGAACGAGACCGCACAAGACGCGAUGGUACGGAAUUUCAAGAAGUGGAUGGGCCCAUCUGACUCCCAUCCCACCUGGACAUGCGUCCAGAUUGGCAGACUUGGGCAGGACGAUAUGUUGGUGGAGAUCGAGGUCUCUGCCUUUGAUCCUGAAGGAGCCAAAAAGGAGGGAACUCACUGAGAAUGAAUAAAAUUGAAAUGGAUCUUCUAUAGCCAAGAAAGAACUUUACGUUUUCACGAUACAAGAUCUAUGUUCGAUGUACAUGAGCAUGUGAACCUAGGUACUCGCAAAUUCCCAGUGCGAC